UGUGUUUUAAUGCAGCGUUUAUUAUAGUAUAAAUGGAUAGGAAUAAGCCCGUACCGGGCACUAGAGGCCCGAAAGCAAAAAUUACUCAACAACCCCCUAACCACUUUAUUGCUCUUGGUACAAAACCCACAAGUGUUCGAGAUGAUCCAAAAAGGCCUGCAGCUUUACCUCCAACUGUCUCGUCGUCUAGUAAAGCCCCAGUUGUGGACAAAUUUAAACGUGAAGGCAAUUCAAGCAGUAUAGGGGUCCCGCCCGCAAAAAAAUUAAAAGUGGCCAUAGCCGGAACCCGACCUGGUAUACCAGGCCCAUCUGGUUCCAGCCUUUUACCAAUUGACAGAUUAACUGGAGCUCCUGCUGGUGCUGAACCAUGGGAAGCACUUGCAGUUGAUUGUGAAGCCUCAGAACUAUUUGAGUCAGUGAUGGGCUGCCUUCAAAACAAUAAAAUGGAUAAAGCUGUUGGUAUCAUAUUAGGUGUUAUAAGGACAGUUAGGUCACACAGAUCUAAGAUUUGCAAAGUGGUCUAUUCCUCAUUAUUUCUGUUGUGCAGUUGCAAACCCACUUUGUACAGCAAUGAGCAUGUGGUUGCUGCAAUGCUGAGUGUUUUAAGGCGAGAUGUGAACACAGGAAUGAAGGGUACCAAUAAAACAAACUGUUAUGUACACAUGCUGCUAAUCAACUUGUUGACUCAUGCUUUCUCAGAUAUUGUUAAUUGGCCAGAUCAAUUUUUAAAAUUAUAUGUUGAGGAUGCUGUAACAGACAGGGUCUUUAUAGACAAUCCAUACUGUAAACCAUUUGUUGAUAAUAUUAUAACUGCUUUCAACACUAAGAUACCACCUAAUUCAUUAUUGAAAAGUGAAAGUUGGACUUCAUCAGGAAGGGACACUUCUAGUCCUGUUACAAUUCACAGUGUUGAUGAUGAUGAUGCUUCAAAUGAGCAUAAGGCUCUGGUGGAAGGAUGGAACGCGAAGGUGCAUCCAAGAUAUGCCCAGGCUCAAGAAAACGUCGAGCAUACCGUCUUAGAAGUGAUAAAGGAACAACUGGCCCGUCGCCAACAGCCUGAAACAGCUACAAAGAACUUCAUCAGAUUCUUAAGUACUGCUUGCGGUUUAGUUGAAAUCCGUAUUAUCGCCGUCUCACGCAUUGAAACGUGGUUACACAAUCACAAAUUGAUGAAGCCAGCACAGGAGUUGCUAGCAUAUUUGUGUUACAAUUGUUCGGUUAGUUCGCAUCGUGAUAUGGAGGUGAUGAUCCAAUUGAGCAAAUUAAGAUUAAAGAACAAACCAAUGGUUAGUUAUUUUAAUAACUGCUUGAAAGAAAUGGUGUGUUCAUUCCCUGAAAACUUGUAUCCACUCAUGAAAUACACAAUUUACAAUGAAUUGAGCAAUGCUAGGAACACCAACAACUUGAUAGUGGUUGGAGCAUUAUUCCAAGUAGCUCCGCGAGAAAGUUGCGAUGCUUUUGCCGAAAUUGUUUUGGAACUUCUGACUGCUAACAAAGAAGAUUAUUUGCGAUCAAUUCGUGCCUUACUUAAGGAAAUCAACAGGGUAUUAAGAACGGACUUUAAUUUACCAAUGGUGGUACAAUCGUUGCUGCGCGAGAGAAAAGACGUAACUGCUCGUAUAAGAGAUCAUGAAUUUCGUGAGCGUAUAUUUUGCUCUUUGGCUGAUCUGUCAGCCAUGUGCAUGCUUUUGUGUGUCAGUCCUCAGGUGAGAGAUGCUGCCACACAAAGUAAAAGAGACGUGUCUGUUUUAAAAACUUUCCAAAGACAGGUUAGAGAUAUCCAAAAGGAAUGCGUUUCUUGGCUACAAGACUCAGCAGUAAGAAUCUACAGACCUACAGUGACUGAAUUCCAUCAUGUGUUGCUAAAAGUGGUGUUUUUGGAACAAGCAGAGCAUUAUUACAAGAUUGAUUCGUGGCCUGGAGAAAAUGAACGGACGUUGUUCCUAAGAUUGGCCAGUGAGGUGCCCCUUCACCAAGCAACUCUUAUUAGAAUACUGUUGAUUGGCAUUUCCAAGGAACACCAUAUCGCCCAAACCGAUAUAAUAGAUAUUGUGGAUCAGCUAAUAAAACGUGCUGCAAAUCUGCCGCAAGAUUGCGAGCCACCUCUGGUUGUAGAUAAACCAGAAAUUUUUGAUUUCUUCUUUAGAUUGUGUACUUAUAAUUAUCCUGAAAACAUUGUACUGCCACCAAGAUAUGAACCCCCCAAGUUGGCGAUCAGCAGCAUUUAUUGGAGGGCGUGGUUUAUGAUGUUGAUUAUUUCUGCCCACAAUCCUUUAAAUUUUGGUGGUAUUGCUUGGAACAAGUAUCCUAUGUUAAGGAUGUUUAUGGAAAUGUGUAUAACAAAUCAUUUCUCCUUCCCUCCUCCUACCAUGGUGUCGUUAGAAGAAGACUACCACGUGAAAGAACAACAAAUCGUUGUGGUGGAAAAGCAAAAAAUACUCGAGUUCGAGUCCCAUUUAGCAGCGGCAAGCACUAAAAUGGAAAUAACUGAACAAACCAGCUUACUACUAUCUCAAGUGAUGGAACUUCAACCAGAAAGCGAAGCCAGGAGGCCGCCGCAGCAAGUGUUAGACCAACUUCAAGCACUAAACCAUUCCCACAGAUUGGGUCAUUUGUUGUGUAAAUCCAGGCAUCCUGAUUUCCUGCUGGAUAUAAUGACCAGACAGGGCGGGAAUGCACAUAUGCCGUGGUUGGCCGAGUUGGUGCACAGUUCCGAGGGUGUUUUGUCUCAUUUGCCCGUUCAGUGUUUGUGCGAAUACUUAUUGAGCACGGCACCAACUGAGAAACUGACAAAACACGGGCAGUUGUUGGCACAUUUAAGAAUGGUUGUUAAUGGACCAGACCCUCAAAUAGCCUGUGAAGUCCUAGAAUAUUUAUUCAGAAGGCUGACUUCAGAUCACAGUGCCAGCAGGACACAGUCAACUAAAGCUCUCGCAUUAAUUCUGGCUCCAAGCGAUGAGGAAGUCAGUUUGGAUAACAGUACAAAUUGGCUAACUAAGUUCAUUCCGCAAUUUCCUCAUUUCAACAUCAUAAAACACAUUCUUAUUCAAUUUUUAAGGCAAGCUUUGCAGAUAGAAACGAAUCCUUCAAGAGUGUCAAGCUAUAUGAAUUUCCUGUCUCAGCAAGAUUUCAGUGAUUCGUUCGUGGAAUUAAACGAACUAAUAACGGAUCUUGCUUCCGUUAUUAUCGAAAGGCAUAGUGUUGCCUCAUAUGUUUUGCCAGGAGAUAAUUAUGAAACGCUCAAGAAUCUUUUACGUGUGUUUCUUCUCCACACUCAGAAAUCUAAAGAGUAUGCAGAUGAAACCUACAAUCUUCUUCAGAGCUACAACGCCGAGUAUGUCUUCAUAAAUUGGUCCACAGGGGAGCAGUGUGCUAUGCAGUCUGUAGUUAUACAUUCUGCCAUCGUUCUUUUAACGUACGGUCCAUUGGAUGACUGCGCACCCUUUCAAGAGUUGUUGAACACAUGGUUUCCCGACAACAGGGAAUAUCCAAGAGCUUUUACUGAAACUUCUGAGGCCACCUCGUAUGUACCCGACUGGAUGAAACUGAGAAUGAUCAGGUCUACGGUGCCGAAGUUGGUCGACGCCGCCAUAGAAAAACUGGAACCACCGAAGCUCGUAUUAUUUAUCCAGUCCUUCGGUAUACCUACGUCCUCUAUCAGUAAAUUGCUUCACACCCUCGACAAGGCUACCAUAUUAGAUCCGAAACUCGUCGUCGAUUCGGUUUUGGACAAAACCUACAUGAUUCAACUCGUAGACGUGCAAAAUAAAAGGGGCGCCACUGGGGGUGAAACUUUCAUCAAAGCCAUUGAAAUGCAAAUGCCUUUAGUACCAGACGAAGAGAUUAAAGUUCAGAUAGAAAGCAAGAAACUGUUGCCCCAAGUCUCUCAGAAAAAGCAACACAAAACGUGCGAGAACGAUGUUGUUCAGAUUUUGAACAAUUUGUACAACCCACAUUUUACUGGAGACAGGAAUAUAAUGAUUUUAAGUCUUGUGAAGGCAAUCAACGUAAAUAAAAAUCUGGUCGACGUGGUGAUGUCUUAUAUUAAAUCUGUGCCUUUGACCUACACUUCAGGUUUAAUUGUGCAAUUUUCUUCAUUUUCUUCCGUUGUUCGGCUCAUGUUUAAUGCAAAUCAAGAACCGCCAACUCAAGAUAAACUAGUUCUGGCAGAGCAACUUUUGCAAGUUCUUCCGCCGAAAGAAAAAGGAGGCGGUGCUUCCGUCUCCAUUUUACAACAAUUUGUUGAAACCGGCGUCCAAUCUCAAGUCAAAAUUGAAGUGAACGCGGAUGCAGAGGAGAUGAUAAAAAGCUAUGAUUUGGUUACUUCAGACAAGUGUGCAAAGGUGACGGAAUCGCCGGAAGAUCUGGGGCAGAAGCUUGGAAAGAUGUUACUGGAAGGUGGAGAAGACACUGUUGAGAAGACUGGGCUGGUAGUUGAUUGGUUGUCAACAAUUGAGUUGGAGAUUGCCCAUUCCAAUAAACAGAAACUUCAAAUGGAUUUAUUAUUUUCAAAACAAUCUUUACCGUUCCGACCUCUUUUAAUGUCUCUCGUUUUGCAACGAGCUACAUGGAAGAGCCUAAAUGAUAUUAUGCAUUAUUUGUUGGAAAAUAAGGUUGAGAAUAUAUGUCCCACGUCAGCUUUAGAUUUUUUCACAGCUCUGACACAAAGUCCUAAGAUGUGGCAAGGUAGAGAUAAAUCUAUCCCAAAACAUUAUCACUUUGAAGACGUUUUGAAGCUUAAUAAAGAUCAGUCCAUGGUUUUGGUAAAUUAUGUUCUUGACGAGGCAAGACUACAUCCGGAUCCGGACAAAUGGAUGAAAUUUAUGGAAACCAGACUUCCGUUGCUUCUGAAAUGUAUCAAGGCAUCGGCAGUAGGCAUAGUAAAAUAUCUUACAGAUUUGGCAGAAUCAGAUUUACAUGCCAGUGAACUGCUGUUGUUGAUCUACAUGUCGUUUCCUUUCUCAGGACAAUCAGAUAUAUCAGAAACAGAAGAAAUGUCAUUGGAGGUAUUUGAAAGGAAGUAUCCUAGUGCAGUGGACGAAUUAUCACACAGCAUACUAACGGCGCUGGCUUGCACUCCUCGCACCAAUUAUUGGACGAAGAGAUCCCAAGAGUACGAACUUUGCGCCAGGAAACUCGUGUCCUGUCAUCCCCUUUUAGCACUGAGACAGCUGCCUAUGGUGGCUGGUAGUCUAAAAGGUCGAGCCCAAUAUGACUGGGGUGUGUUGAGGAGUCGGGGUCAUUUAAUGUUUUUCAGUCAGGUUAUGGGAUUGAUGGAGUUGCUGCAACCUCACAUAUUUCAACACCCAACUGUGCUGAGUGAUUUGCUGGAUUCGUACUUUUCUUUACUUCAUUUCCACGGAACUAACAAGGACCUGAGUGUGUUAAUAGGAAGGCUGGUUGUGUUUAUGCAAAACUGGCUUCUCAAAGAUAUCAAGUCUGCUUCUAAGUACCUCCAAGAACACGGAAGUGUACUAAAUGACAUACAGUUCAGCCAACCUCGGGUUCGACCUCUAUUAUCGAAUGUGUCCCUUCCAAUAGCUGAUCAGGGUCUAGCUCCAGCGGAACUUUUGGUCGGCACCGUAACUCCACCGGUUGCUGAGCAGUUGCCUCAACACUGGCCUCAACUUUUGACCGCCUUACAGUCACCUGAAAAUCUUGGUGCGUUGCAGGAAUUGGACCAUAUAACUAAUAAAAGGCCACAGUUAUUGGAGGGUGUCACUCAACAUUUGUACACUUCUCUAAUGGCAUCAAACGGACCCAUUAGAUCAUUGGCUUUGGUGUUGAUCAUUAGAUGGCUAAAAUAUAAUCCAAAAGCAGCAGUUAAUGCUUUACCCUCGGUUUUGGCCUGCUUAGACAGCAAUAAUGGGGAUGUAGUCAGUACAGUUUUGGAUAGACUUUCUGAUUUGGUCACUGUCAUGCAGGAGUAUACAAAAGUUAUAUUAACAAGAGUUUUCUUAUUGGGAAUGAAAUCUACCUUAAACACAACCACCAACAUUACGAAAACUGUUGAUUUAUUGAGCCUUCAAUAUGGUUUCUGAAACGAGUAGUAUUAAUCUGCCUUAUUGUUAUUUUUAUACUUAUAAGACUAUGUAAAUAAUAUUGUGAUGAAAUAAACUGUUAAUUAAGACAUUAAAAUUAAAACUGUC